CGCUCCGGACAGCCUGGCAUCGGCUGAGCUCGGGGGGCCGGCGCCGGAUGUCGUCCUGCCCGGCCUCGGGGUCCCACGAUGGCCGCCGAGCCGAGGGAACAGGAGCAGGAGUCUGUAACUUUUGAGGAUGUGGCCGUGACCUUCACACAGAAGGAAUGGGGGCAGCUGGAUCUGGCCCAGAGGACCCUGUACCAGGAGGUGAUGCUGGAGACCCGUGGGCUCCUGGCCUCACUGGGGUGUCCUGUGCCCAGGCCAGAGCCGAUGGAUGAGCUGGAGCUCAGGCAGGCAGUAGGGACCAUGAAGAACGACCUGGCCCAAAGCACUUGUCCAGGUGAGAAUGAGAAGGAUGACACAACAAUACCUAUCACUUGUGAGCUGGCCUUGUCUGAUGAAGUGUUACCCCAGGAAAAACUGAAGCAGGGUGCCCCAGGGAACUUCAGGUCGGAGAGAACCAUAGAUCAGAAAGGACCAUGGUGUAUGCAGGAAGAAAACGUAAAUCCAAGGAUAGACCUCCAGAAGGAGAUGCUCCCCAGAAACAUGAGCCCAGAACGUGAUGGCGUGUGGACAGAUGAAAAUAUCCAUUCGUGGACUGUACAAAAGCGAAUCCUUCCAGGAGAUACUCUCUUUGUUCAUGAUGCAGGACAAGGUAAAGAUCCUUCAGUUCAUGAAGAGAAAAAGCACUAUAAUUGCAAAGAAUGUAGCAAAGUGUUUGACAAGAACUGCCUCCUUGUUAUACAUGAACGGGUUCACUCUGGGGAAAAGCCCUAUGAGUGCACAGAGUGUGGGAAAGCUUUUAGCAAGAGCACACACCUUCUUCAGCAUUAUAUUAUUCACACCGGGGACAAGCCCUAUGAGUGCACUGAUUGUGGAAAGGCCUUCAAUCGCAGGUCACACCUCACACGGCACCGGCGGAUUCACACUGGGGAGAAGCCCUAUGAAUGUACUGAAUGUGGAAAGGCCUUUACCCACCGCUCCACUUUUGUCUUACAUAAGAGGAGCCACACAGGAGAAAAGCCUUUUGUGUGCAAAGUGUGUGGAAAAGCUUUUGGUGAUAGGCCAGGCUUCAUCCGGCACUAUGUCAUACACACAGGAGAGAAGCCCUGUGAGUGUGCUGAGUGUGGGAAAGCCUUCAAACACAGGUCAUACCUUACAUGGCAUCAGCAGGUUCACGUUGGAGUGAGACCCUUUGAAUGCAACAAGUGUGGAAAAGCCUUCUGUGAGAGUGCAGAUCUCAUCCAACACGACAUCAUCCACACCAGGGAGAAGCCCUACGAGUGCACCGAUUGUGGGAAGGCCUUCAACCGCAGGUCACACCUUAAGCAACACCAGCGGAUUCACACUGGGGAGAAACCUUAUCAGUGCAGUGAGUGUGGGAGGGCCUUCACCCACUAUUCAACUUUUGUUCUACAUAAAAGGAGCCAUACUGGGGAAAAACCUUUUGAGUGCAAAGAGUGUGGGAAAGCCUUUAGCGAUAGGACAGACCUCAUUCGCCACUACAACAUCCACACCGGGGAGAAGCCUUAUGAGUGCAUAGAAUGUGGUAAGGCCUUCAACCGCAGGUCACACCUCACGAGACACCAGCGCAUUCACACUGGGGAGAAGCCCUAUGAGUGCACUGAGUGCGGAAGAGCCUUUUGCCGAAGUACCAACCUCAUUCGACAUUCCGUGAUUCACACUGGAGAGAAACCAUGUGAGUGCAGUGACUGUGGGAAGGCCUACAGUCACAGCUCAUCCCUCACUCAGCACCAAAAGAUUCAUAUUGAGAGAAGUCUUGUUAGUGUACUAGACGUAGAAAGACCUUUCACAAAUGAGAAAACAUCAGUCAACAUCCAAGGACUGCCCCUGGGGAUGGACUCUUUGAAUGUAACCACUGAGGAAAAUUUUUGGUCAGAGGAAACAUCUUACUCAAUGUCUAAUCAUUUACACCAAAGGGGACUCCCAUUAGAUUCACCCCCAUCAUGAAAGCAUUCCAGGGAAGACGAUGGCUUGUCUUCAGAGACAUUGUAGAAAUUGAUCCACCUCGAGACUGGCUCUACAUCUAAGAAUUGAUCAAGGGGCAAGAGCAAGUGGUUAUUGUGCACUUAGGAGAACCUUCAGCCACAUCUCUCUUCUUAGUUUACACUUCACAGUUAUCUCAGGAUGAUUUCUUUAAAGCACGGGGGAUGUAGAGCAGAAACACAUGGAGCCAGUUUACAUCAUACUUCCUACCAAGCCUAUGUCAGUUUGUCCUUUCCCUUUUGUGGGAACGGUAGUGGGACGUCAGAAGUGAAAGGAUCUCAUCUCAUUGAUUUACAUGUACAAAGGAAAGUCAAACUAUUGCUACAAAAUCAUAGAAACCUUUAUUUAAAAAUAUUAAAAUGUAAGGUUACUAUGUCUGGAUAUAUCCUCUACACCAGUGGUUCUCCACCUUCCAAAUGCCGCAACCCUUUCAUACAGUUCCUCCUGUUGUGGUGACCCCC